CUAAAAUGGGAGGAACGAGGAGGCUCCCAGAAUCUUAGGCCUCGGUUUCCUCAAACCCCACACCUCCCACGAUCCAAAAGAAAACCCCGUUCCCCACUCCCCACCUCGCCAUCUCCGGCCAGAUCCCCCUCCGCCGUCGAUCGGGGGCUCAGAUGGCCACCAAGCGCCACGCCCGCGGGGCAAGCUCCGACGACUCGGAGGAUCUGGGCCACGAGGGGGCCAAGAAGCCGGCCAAGCCCGCUCCGCCGUCGCCGGAGGACGAGGGUUCCGAGGAGGAGCGGGACACGGAGGCGAUGGAGGAGGAGAGCGACAAGUCCGGCGAUGCCCGGCCUGUGAGGCAUGCGCUGGCAGCCGCGGCCCCCAAGCCCAAGGAGACGCUGAAUCGGGCCAAGAAACCCUCGCCGGCGGCGGCGGCGGAAGAUGUUGGAGCCCAGGCCUCUGGUGAGGCCCCUCUGGUGAGGGAUGCGCGGCCCGAUGAGCUGGCCGCCGCUGCGCCUCCACUGCGCAAGAAGUCCAAGACCAAGAAGACGACGAAGCCGGUCAAGAGACCCCCGCCGCCAUCCGAGGAGGAGUCCGGCGACCCGUCUCUGGUCAGCAACGAGACCGCCGCCGUGUCUCUCCGGCGUGAGAUCGUCGCCUCCCUCGACCACAACAAGAGGGGCGCGAUGUCUCCUCCACUGAAGCGGGCCAAGAGGGACGCUACGCCGCCGCAAGAGGACGAAGAGCAGGUGGGGAAGCGCGCUGCAGGAGCUGAUAAUGAUGGAACCAGCGAGCCCCAGGCCGGGACUGGCGUGCUGGUUGAAAAGACCUUCGCCGCGUUGUCCCCACAGCACAACAAGAGAAGCAAGACGUCUGCCCCCAAGUACAAGCACAAAAAUAAGAAAAAGAAGCAGCCUGGGAAGGGGUUGGCCAAGCUGCCACAGCCCAAGUCUGCAGGAUUUGAGCUCACCAGUGAUAGAGAUGAGGCGCUGGGUGCUGGCAACACCUUACCACCACAGGAGAAGGAUGGUGCUCAGGAAGAUAAGCAGCAUGGGGAGGGCAAAGAGGACGAGGGGCUUGAGGUGUCCAGUGAGGCUCUAUCGGAGAGGGAUGCUUCUUCACCCAAGCCAUGCAGUUCCGAGGAAGAGAAGAAGCCAGCAGUAGAGCGAUCGUGGUCCAAGGAUGAUGAGCUCAAGAUUCUCCACGCUCUGGUCGAGCAUGCCCAGUCCCACCACGGUGCGCAGCCAGACUCAUCACACCUCUUGGCCAACCUCACCUUUGACAAAAUCGACGCCAAUGCAGACAAGCUCAAUGACAAGAUCCGCAAGCUCAGAACGCGGUAUCGCAGGUGGUGCUUGCAGGGAUGCCCAACUGAUAACCUUGGUGGUCGGCUGUUUGAGCUGUCUGCCAUUCUCUGGGGCCAAGGUGACGAUGAUGUGCAGGUUGAGGCAACAUCAACUAAGGAGUUCAGUCAGCGAUCAAGCUUGUAUCCUUAUCUGGCUGAGGAGGUCAAAGCCUAUGCUGAAACACACACCUCUGGAGACUUGGUAAUGGCAGCAUUCGCUACCAUAGGUCAUGAUAAGGCACGCCAUCUUGAUGCUAUGUGCAAGCAGCAAAGAGUUGACUCGUUUAAAUUGGAGCGGAGCCAGGCAAACCUAACCAAGGCAAUGCUUUCAGCAUUUUCAAGUUAUAUAUAAUUGACUGGUUUGGCAUUAUGUGGUGUGGUAAAUCUCUCUGCUUCCGUUUGUUUUAAUGUAAUGGGUAGAUUUGCUGCCACGGGUUUAUGUACUUGCAAGAGGCUCUUUUUGUGGGUACUGCAAAGCUCCUAUUAUUUAGUUGGUCUCUUAGUGUCAGUGUCUGUUUCUGCAUAUGGAUCUAGCUGUUACAGCUAAAUGUGGAAAACAGUACUUUAACUAUUAUUAUAAGCACAGCUCCAAUCAGACUGUUAGCUCGUAUGAUUUUCUUAACUCUUGUACUACGUUCCCUUGCUGCUCAAACAAUACUAGACUGAGUACACUUUUUGUGAAUUUUAAUUACUGCAAAUAAAUAUCCAUACUAAAUAGUUGGUGUGGGAAUAAUGUAGGAUUGGAAAUGGCAAUAUAGCUAUGCGUGGCGAUAUUUCUGUAACAGCAGUAUGACAGCAUCUGACCAAGUGACCAUUAUAAAAGAUUGGUGCAUUUCCUUUGUCCUCUGUCGCAUUGAUCAUAGAAUUUAACGUAGUAAUCCUAUUAUGUUAUGCUAGCACUAGCAGUAUAUGAUAGACCUGAGACCACUGUAGCAUAUGCUACAUUCAUGUGCUAAUCUGUAAUCUGUAGCAUGUUGUAUGUUACCUGCUCAGCCCUUUGUUAAAACAACAUCACAGCUUGGAUGCAUAAUAUUAUUCAUAUUUCAGUGACCUUAAAAAAUUGAUAGGAUGGGCAUUAUGCCUAGAUAGGAAAAAGGUUCCAAAAUAUUUUAAUAACUUCCAUGUCAAAUAUGGAAGCACUGCGGAACAUCAUUUGUAUGCGAAAGAAAUGUGAUGGGAUGAGUCGGGAGUUGUUGAUCUAAAGAGAUAAAGAGAUGGAAUGUUGUGCUGCAGAUGGAGUUUCUUGAAAAAUAUUUUUCAAGACUAUAUUCCAUCUGUAUUCUCAUAGAUGCAUGGAAUGCUGUGCUGGAGAUGGUCUCAAGUGUAAUCUCAUAGAUAGUAAAAGACUAUAUUCUCAAAUUUGAUAUGCUAAUGACAUGAAUUGAUCAGAUGUUUGAAUAAAAAUGAUACUGAUUUUACUUGUCUGUGUGAGAGUAUUACCAAGCUAUUUGGAGCUGUCUCAUGACGUUCCACUAAUUAUCUCUGCAAUAAGCUAUGUCAUAACGGGAUGUUCAGGCAAAACAACACUCUUCAGAAUGUGAUGUUCAGUUCAACAUCAAUGCUGAGGCUGCAGAAGGGCAUCGACGUCGAUGUGCAGUACUGCAGUCCAUGCUCGCCACAGAGAUCACUGCCACCAUCAUGUUGGUACAGCAAUGGCAAGAGCGUACGUGAAGAAGCACAGUGGACAUGACCAAGAGCAAAACUGACGAUUCCAGAUUCCCAAUUAAAAUUUGUCUAUUCUUGUCCCUGUACUUAUGUAAAACACUAACACUUGUCAACCCUUGUCUUUCCUUGCCAACUCUGCCACUUUAUCAACAUCGGCUGCCCCAUGUUGGCAGGUGAUUUGAAAUAGAUGGAAAACUGGAAGAAUUGAAUUGUGUGCAAUAUUAAUA